AUGUCGCAACGGCGGAAUCCUUUCUCUCGCUCUGGCUCACCCUCUACCGGUCCCAAUGGCCCUGCUCUAGCGAGCCGACCCAAAUCCGCCAUUCUUACUUCCCCGUCGCCUUUGUCGAGCGUGACGACCUCACCCACUCACAACCGCAAUAACUCUGUUGCAUCAAUAGCUGCAAACUUGGCUCCUGCCUCAGGCGCAGGCUCCAAACAUCACCGGAACGAUUCGAAAAGCAGCGCCCCGAACUCUUCAACAUUUGCUCCUUCUUUCAUCAAGACUGAAGACCUGCGUCGAAGCAUAGAUGUCGUCAAAGGUAUAGAGGGUGAAAAUGACUUCUCCGGCAAGAGAUAUGUCUGGCUUAGAGACCCCGAGACCGCCUUUGUCAAGGGAUGGGUUGUCGAGGAGCUUGCCAAUGGCAAUAUACUUGUGCAGUGUGACGAUGGAACCCAACGAGAGGUCGAGUCCGAGAGUGUCGACAAAGUUAAUCCCGCCAAAUUCGACAAAGCGAACGACAUGGCAGAACUGACCCAUCUCAACGAGGCUUCUGUUGUGCAUAAUCUCCACAUGAGAUAUCAAGCAGAUCUGAUAUAUACAUACUCGGGACUUUUCUUGGUGACCGUCAAUCCGUACUGCCCAUUGCCUAUUUAUACCAACGAGUACAUCAACAUGUACAAAGGGCGAAACCGAGAGGACACCAAGCCGCAUAUCUUUGCCAUGGCUGAUGAGGCAUUCAGGAACUUGGUCGACGAGGGUCAAAACCAGAGCAUUCUUGUCACGGGUGAGUCUGGUGCUGGAAAGACUGAAAACACCAAAAAGGUCAUCCAAUAUCUGGCAGCCGUGGCUCGCACCGAGUCACAGACCAAGGGUAGAGGACAACACUCCAACUUGUCACAACAAAUCCUUCGAGCGAACCCGAUUUUGGAAGCUUUUGGUAACGCACAGACUGUGAGGAAUAAUAACUCCUCCCGAUUUGGAAAGUUCAUCAGGAUUGAGUUCAGCAAUGCCGGUGCUAUCGCUGGAGCUUUCAUUGACUGGUAUCUCCUCGAGAAAUCUAGAGUGGUUCAUAUCAAUGCUCAGGAGCGCAACUACCACAUCUUUUACCAAUUGCUCGCUGGAGCUGAUCGCCAGAUGAGACAGAACUACCUUCUAGGUGACAUGGAAGUCGACGAUUUCUCAUACACUCGCGAUGGCCACGAUACAAUAGUUGGCGUCUCCGACGUCGACGAGUGGAGUUCUUUGCUCGAUGCUUUCGGCGUCAUGGGCUUCUCGGAGAAAGAGCAAGACUCUAUUCUACGUACUGUCGCUGCUGUGCUUCAUCUUGGAAAUAUCAGCGUUGUCAAAGAGAGUCGCAUGGCAGACCAGGCUCGCCUAUCCCCGGAUUCCAAGGAUGUCGCAGCAAAGGUAUGUCAGCUACUUGGUAUCCCUCUGGAACCUUUCUUGCAAGGUCUCCUGCAUCCAAAGGUCAAGGCCGGCAGAGAAUGGGUCACAAAGGAGCAGACGCCAGAUCAGGUACGCCUUGGUAUUGAUGCUCUUGCCAAGGGUAUCUACGAGCGCGGCUUCGGUGACUUGGUGUCCAUGAUCAAUCGGCAACUCGACCGCAAUGGAAUGGGCUUGGAUGACUCUCAUUUCAUCGGUGUCCUCGAUAUCGCUGGAUUCGAAAUCUUCGAGGAAAACAGCUUUGAACAAUUAUGCAUCAACUACACCAACGAGAAGCUCCAGCAAUUCUUUAAUCAUCACAUGUUUGUGUUAGAACAAGAGGAGUACGCCCGAGAACAGAUCGAAUGGCAAUUUAUUGACUUUGGCCGAGAUUUGCAACCAACUAUUGAUCUGAUUGAACUGCCCAAUCCCAUUGGUAUCUUCUCCUGUCUCGACGAGGACAGUGUCAUGCCAAAAGCAACUGACAAGUCAUUUACCGAGAAACUCAAUUCCUUGUGGGAUAAGAAGUCCAACAAAUAUCGUCCAUCACGGCCAGGUCCCAAGCACGGUUUUAUCUUGACCCACUAUGCUGCUGAAGUCGAAUACUCCACCGAAGGUUGGCUAGAGAAGAACAAAGACCCUCUGAAUGACAAUAUUACUCGCCUCCUCGCUUCCUCCAGCGACAAACAUGUUGCCAGCCUAUUCUCAGACUGCGCAGACAACGAAGAUGAUACGGGCGGAAGCCGCAGCCGCGUCAAGAAGGGCCUCUUCCGAACUGUCGCGCAAAGGCACAAGGAACAGCUUUCCAGUCUGAUGAGCCAGCUGCAUUCAACACAUCCGCACUUUGUGCGAUGUAUCCUUCCAAAUCACAAGAAACGCCCAAAGCAAUUCAAUGCACUUUUGGUCCUUGACCAGUUGAGAUGUAAUGGUGUACUUGAAGGAAUCCGUAUUGCCCGAACAGGCUUCCCGAACAGACUUCCUUUCUCAGAGUUCCGCCAGCGAUAUGAGGUCCUCUGUCGCGACAUUCCCAAAGGUUACCUUGAGGGACAAGCGGCAGCCUCUCUAAUUCUCGACAAACUCGGGCUGGACAAAUCCCUCUACCGUGUCGGUCUGACUAAAGUGUUCUUUCGAGCUGGCGUCUUGGCCGAAUUGGAAGAGCAACGUGAUGCAUUGAUUGCCGAGAUCAUGUCUCGCUUUCAGUCUGUGGCUCGUGGGUACAUUCAGCGCCGUUCUGCUUUCAAGAGGCUCUAUCGUGCAGAAGCAACUCGUGUCAUUCAGCGCAAUUUCAAUGUCUAUCUUGAUCUCUGCGAGAAUCCCUGGUGGCAGCUUCUUAUCAAGAUGAAGCCACUUUUGGGUGCUACUCGAACAGCAACCGAAGUCAAGCGCAGGGACGAAAAGAUCAAGGAGCUGAACGAACAAAUGCGCCUCGAGGCAGAGAACCGUCAACGACUAGAGGAUGAACGACGUAACACUCAUACUGAGCUGAUGCGCAUACAACAAACUCUUGAGAGCGAAAGAGCGCUUGCUCUUGACAAGGAAGAGAUCUUCAAGCGUUUGCAGCAACGGGAAGCCGAGCUGGAAGACAAGCUUGCUGGUGCUAUCGACGACCAGGAAAGACUUGAGGACCAGCUAGACGAUCUCCUGGACGCAAAGAAACGUGCUGAAAACGAAGUCGAGAAGUAUCGAACACAACUAGAACAGGCUGCGGGUUUCAUUGCUCGUCUCGAAGAUGAAAAGAGGGAACUGGACGCUCGAGCGUCUGAACUCGGGCAAGAAAUUGAGGAAAUUUCUCGCAAGCAAGCCGACCGAAGCGCACAGGAGGAUGCAUUAGCAGAGGAAGUCAAGAUGCUCCAAAGUCAACUUUCGCUCAAGGAUCGAAAGGUGCGAGACAUGGAGGCCAAGCUUCUUCAAGUCGACCAAGAUGCCGACAUCAAGUUGGCCGCUGCUCACAAAGAGUUGCAAAGUCUCAAAACUCGGGAACAAGUCCUCAGCCGGGAGAACCGUGAUGUGCAACAACAACUGUCCCAGCUGUCAAAAACUUCGACGGACUAUGAAGAUCUGGUACGCAAGAAAGAGAGUGAACUGGCCAUUCUUCGCGGAGACAACAAGAAACUACAAAUCGAUCAGCGCAAUUUCGAAGAGCAAAGGAACUCUCUCAACGCUGAGAAGACCAAGAUCGCAGAUCGACUCCGCGAGGUACAAGCGGAAAUGGUGGCGAUGAAAUCACAACAGGCUCAGCUCCAACGAGAAGCUGCAGAUGCAAAGCAGUUGCUCGAGGCACGUCUCACAGAGGAUGCUCAAGCUAGUCAGAACCGUCAAGUUCUCGAAGCACAAAUCAACGACGUCAAGGAUCAACUUUUCAAAGUUCAGACGGACCUGAGCCGGGAACGCCAAUCCCGAGACGAUGUUGCUCUUCUAGCCGAGCACAAGUACCAGGAGCUGCAGACCGAGCAUGAUGAACUUAAGGAGCUCAAAAUCACAAUCGAGAAGGAACUCUAUCUGCAGCAGGAUACUUUGCGUCGGACUAAGGAGGCCCGCGACACGGCUGAGAAGGAACGUGAUGAAGCACGCGAAGAGAUUCGAAAACUACGCGUCGCAAAAUCACAAGCUGAGGAAGCCCGCAUGGCUGCCGAGGAGGCCGGAGAACGACUUGCCAGUAAAGCUGCGCGCGAGAGGGAAGCUAGCCUCGAGCGAGACCUUGAAGCCACUCAGGAACGACUCAGGUGGUUUGAAUCCGAAUGCGAGAAGUUGAACCAUCAAAUUGAGGACCUCAAUAAGUUCAUGAUUGAGUCUGGAGAAUAUGGUCUGAAGAAUGACCAGGCCAAGGAACGUCUUGAACGUGAGCUUGUCACCGUCAAAGGUCGGCUGGCUGCCUCGGAGAAUGACAAUCGCGCUUUAUUGAACAAACUCCAGCAGAAGGGGCUCGAGAUCGCACGGUCAAGCUCGAGAGCCAACGAAGCAUCAAGAGGGCAAGUCUUGAGCCUGCAGCGUGAAAAAGCUCGUCUCGAAGAGCUCAACACCAAGCUCAACAAGCAACUUGGUGAAUCACAGCUCAAUACUGCUUCACUAGAGAAGAGACUUGAGAAAAUGCAACUUAGCAUGGAAGAUCUCAACCAUGAAGUUGCUCGUGAAGUACAGUCCAAUAGGAACGCUGAAAAGUUGUCGUCUCAGUCCACUGUCCAGCUCGCAGAGGCCACUCGGAAUCUGGAAUCAGAACGGCAAUUGCGCACUCAGGCCCAGGCAACAGCACGCACUCUACAAGCUACCAUAGAUUCUCGCGGCAAGGAGUUGGAUGAGCUGCGAGCACAGCUCCUUAGAGUGCUCAAGGCGGUGGAUCCAGAGGUCCCGGUUCCCAUCCAACCCACUGAUAACCAUGAGAAAAUGAUGAGCAAGAACUUCGAGAUGAUCAGGAAGAUUGAAGAGCUUCAGCAGAAUCUCCGAAUCCAGACAGCUGGCCGUGCCAAUGCUGAGGCCCACUUGAGUGAGCUCCGAGCUUCGAGAGGAGAGUCACCUGCGCGUCCGAGACUGGAAGAAAUCAACCCUAAUGAGGCCCCCUUCACUGGAUCUCCCACGCAGAGGCGAGGCAAGCACAACAGGCGCCUGAGUUCCGCCAAUACGACACCAACACGUCGCUUUGGCAACGAAAAUGAUCAAGUCCCUGACUCUGUCAGAUCUGAUAAGACUGCAGACUUGCUCAGCUUCAACAACCGUCAAGAUCUGAAGGCAGAGGUUGAAGAACUUCAGAACCAGCUGCAGCUCGCUCAGAUGCAGAACCGUCAUCUCCAGAGCCAGAUUGAGAGAUCAACCCCUGCUCGCGACUUGACUCCAUUCGAUGACAACCCGUCCUUCCUUCGCAUGCAAAAGCUUGAAAAGGCGAAUAGUCGACUCCAUGACAUGCUUGACGACUCAGCCAAGAAGAUGUCCCACCUGGAAAAGUCCAUGCGAAGCGGCGAGCUCUCCCUCCGGGAUAUUCAAGCGAAGUCUCAUGAAGAGAUUUUGGAACUGCUCAACAGCCAGGAGGAAUCGCGGAGAUCUCUGCUUCACGACCACAACGAUGCUGUUGCCGAGUUGACGGACGUGAAGGAGCACUUUGAGAAGAUUAGACGCGACCGGGCGACUCUCGAGGUCGAGCUCCGUGAUUCAAGAUCUGAUCUUCAGGAAAUGACUCUUGCACGAGAGCAGGAAGCUGCUAGUCGCAAUCAGCUGCUGCAAGAGUUUGCGGACCUGCAGAUUCGCCUCGAUGCUGAAACCUCCAAGCUGGCAGAUGUUACAUCUAACCUGAAUUUGUACAAGAGUCGAUCCGAUGAGUACUUCAGCAAACUGGAGCAAGCAGAGAUUGCCGUAUUGAAGGCCACCCGAGCUGAACAGUUCGCCAAGUCUCAGGCCAGGGAGGCCGAAGAGCAAUGCGCAGAGAUCAUGACUGACCGCAAGAACGCUGACGGUGUGGUUGAAGAUCUUCAACGACAGAACCAGCGGCUUGAAGAGAAGCUCGAGGACCUAUCUACAGACUUGGCUGCCGUCACACAAGCUAAGAAGCGACUGCAACAUGAGCUUGAGGACUACAGAAACCAACGAGCUAUUGAUAUCGAGGACAAGGAGUCAAGCAUGGAGCAGACGCGAAAGAAGUAUCAGGCCGAGUUCGCCACCCUCACAAAAGAGCUGGACAUUGCUCGUGAGGAGAAGCUGUAUAAGCAAUCAGAGAUCACUCGCCUGAGAGAGGAGCUUGACGACCUGCGAUGCAAGUGGGACGAUGAGGUCCUCAACAGCUCGACAUGGUCUAAGGAGAAGGCACGCUUGGAAAGCACCCUUUCGGACGUGGUUGCAUCCCGGGACGAGGCUGUCAAUGCUCACAACGAAGCACAGGGUAAAGUCGUGUCGCUGCUGUCACAAGUCCGCAGUCUCCGAACCGCCGUCGACGACGUCACUGCCGAGCGUGACGCCUUGGACCGCGAGAAGCGAAGCGUCGAGGCAAGACUCAAGGAGGCAAAGGCUGGUCUCGAGGACCUGGCCAACAGUGAAAGCCCAACAUUGCGCAACGCGGCCAGCACCGACAAGGAAAUUCUUGAACUCAAGUCCAGCCUUGCACAGCAGCAGGACAUUGCUGCCGCUGCCGUGGAAAAGAUGAGGCGUUCAGAGUCACUUACCAAUGAGUUGCAGAAAGAGAUGAUUGUUGAACGAGAGAUAGGCGCUGAGUUAUCCAAACAGAAGGCAGCGCUGGAGAAGAGCCUCAACGAGUUGCAAGUCCGUCUUGUAGAUUUGGAGACCAAGGGCUAUUCCAACACAAGCCAUGAUGUCAAGUUCUUGCACAAGCGAAUCCAGGAGGUCAGUUCACCUUCUUCUUCUACUGAUGAGACAGAUGCCGGGACCAAGGAAAACCACCGUCUCUCACUUCCACAGUCUAGAGCACCCGGUCAUCCCAUCUCAUCUCUGAUACGCAGACUCACCAAACGGAACUCCAAUACUAAUAAGGAUGUCGCACAGCUUGAAUCACAACUUGAAACCCAGGAAACAGAACGCUCAAAGUCCAAUCGUGAGGUCCGCAACGUUGAUCGGAUCGUCAAGGAUAUGCAGGCCCAGAUUGAGCGCAAGGACAGACAGGCUUCCCAGGCUGCAGAGGAUGCGACGCGUCAACGUGACAAGGUUGAGAAGCUCCUCAAGGCGAUUGAAGAACUCCAGGCAUCCGAAAGCGACAGCCAGCUGUCUACCAGACGUGCUGAGCGUGAGCUGAGGGAGGAGAGAGAAAAGACACUCAAGCUUGAACGCGAGCUAGAAGGCUUGAGGCUGACCCGGGCAGAGAAGGGCGGCUUCAGAUUUGGCAGUCCAGCCCUCGAUGGUUCUGGUGUGCGACGACUGAGUGGCUACAGGGGAACCAUCGACGGUGUUCUUGAUGAUGCGUCAAGUCUCAGUGGCGGAUCUAUCGAGGUGCCGCAGCGGAAGAGCAGCCUUAGUCGGGCCCCAAGCUUGACGAAAGGUUUCUUGUGA